AUGGAGCAUCACUACCUCCGUCUACCUCCAGCCUCCCUGGUCCUGCCACCGGAACGUACUGAUAUUCAAAGGACUGGGAUUCUGCGGCGGGGAGACCGGGUUACUAUGAUGCUUAAUUGCCAGGUGCCCAUAACCUUUCCAGUUUAUAGACCACGGUGGCAGGUGGCAAACAAUAAUCCUGAUGUCUUGGAGUACGGGUGGAAGGACUUUUCUGGACUUUUUCUCGCAACACGGUGCCACACAGACAUCCCUGUUGUUAUAGCCUGGGUUAGGAGUUACCACCCUAAAGCUAUUGAGCUUCCAGGCAGGUCAGGUGCUACAAGCUCUGUCCUGGCUGAGCAUGGGAUAAAGCAAGUCAGCAGGAGCUCUGUGGCCAAUGCCAUCCUGGGACCCGGCUGCGCUCCUGGUCUAGCCCUUCCCACAGUGAAGCAGAGGGACACUGGAGAUACACUGUCAUCUCCUGUCUACAAACUGAAGCGAGACGUAGGAACGCUUGUGAGUAUUGACCGGUUCCUCCAUGUAUCUGCUGCACUGAAAAGCUCUGUGGGUUUGUCCACACGUCUCUCACCCGGAGGAGGUCCCCAUGCCCAGCUCACCCCGCUCCUGGCUAAGAUCCCUGGCUGUGGAUACCACUCUCACGUGUCAUUGCAGCAGUCAAAUAAGCUGUCCCCUGUUAGCUGGAACGGGCAGCGUUGCCAGCCCGGACCAUGCAGGGUGGGAGUCUCUCACAGUGUCCACCAAUAUACAGAAGGGUGCAGCUGUAUGGAAACAGUACUAGAAUGUGCUGCUGUUAAUUUAAAGUCCGUUCCACUUGUUCCAAGUAAUGUAACCCUUCCGUCACUCACACACAACCAGAUCCCUUCUCUUCCAGAUGAAGUUUUCAGCAAGUGUACAAAGGUGAAGAAAAUACUUCUACAGCACAUUUGCAUUCAGACAGUAUCAAGGAAAGCAUUCUUUGGACUAUGCAAACUUUGGAAAUUGUAUCUCAGUCAUAAAUGUAUCAUUAGUUUGAAACCCGGGGUACUCAGAGUACACAAACUGAAAUGGCUUAAACUAUUAUUUCUUUCCAUAAUUCUAGAUUAUAACCCAACAGUGAAAAUUUCACAGCAGUUAUUUACUGGGCUAAAGUCUUUGGUUUUGUGAUCAAUGAUAAACAAUUCACUUGAGACUCUUCCCAUGAUCUGUACUCAAAUGCCUCUUACUAACUGGGUGGAUUUUGAAAGCAAUCAUAUUAAGGCCUUAACUAAUACCACCUUCCCGGAAUGCGAUGCGCUCACUGUAUUGUUUCUUCACGGAAGUCAAAUUCACUUGCUGCCUGCAAAUACCUUUUCCUCAUUAAAAGAUUUGGGGGAAUUGGAUCUGUCCAGCAACAUGAUUACAAAAUUACGACCUUAUAUUUUUAUAGACCUGAAGUAUUUACAAAAACUCAAUCUGUCUUUCAAUCCACUUUCUCACCUCUCUGAGGAUCGCUUUGAAAGUCUUCAGCAGCUUCAGUCACUAGACCUGGAAAUGAUUGAGAUUCCAAAUAUAAACAGAAUAAUGUUUCAACAUAUGAGGAACCUCUCCCACAUGUAUGUAUCUACUUCAAAAAGUUUCAUUUAUUGCUUCUGUGCACUCCACAUGUGAAUAUGCACAUCAUUAACAGAUGGGAUUUCAUCACCUGAAGAUCUCUUAGCUAACAAUGUUCUGAGAGUAUUCCUGUAGGUCAUAGCUUGUGUUACGUGUUUUGGAAAUCUUGUCAUCAGAAUGAGAUCAUUUAUCAAAGCAGAAAACGAGACGCACACCAUGUCUAUCAAAAUUUUGUAAUUAUGUGCUGAUUGUCUAAUGGGGGUGUAUUUGUUCUUCAUUGGAGUUUUUGAUGUUAAAUACUGUGGACAGUAUAAAAAAUAUGCUGUGCUGUGGAUGGAAAGUUUACCAUGCCAUAUCAUGGCGUUCAUUGCCAUGCCACCUACAGAGGUCUGAGUCCUCUUGUUGAUGUAUCUGACCUUGUGUUGUGGUUUAACCUCAGACACCUUGGAGAAGUAUUUAGUGGUUGUCUUUCCCUUCAGUAAUAUCUGUCCUGGAAAGCAGCAGACAGUAGUAAUUGUAAUCAUAUGGAUUGCUGUAUUUGCCAUAGCAAUAAUCCCUUUCUGGGAUGAGGACUUUUUUGGAAAUUAUUACAGGGAAAAUGGAGUUUGUUUCCCUUUGAAUUCUGAUCAAAUAGAAGAAAUUGGAGGCAACAGGUAUUCCCUUGCUGUAUUUCUUGGUGUGAACCUGCUAGCCUCCAUCAUCACAGUGUUUUCAUAGGUCAGCACGUUUUGUUCUGUUCAAAAAACUGCCCUUCAGACAUCAGAAGUAAGGAGUCACAUUCACAGGGCUGCUGCUGUUGCCAAUUGGUAUUUUUUUAUAGUAUUCACUGAUGCCAUCUGCUGGAUUCCUGUCUUUGUCAUUGAAACCCUCUCCUUAUUCCAGGUGGAAAUUCCAGACACUGUCCCUUCCUGGAUAGUGAUAUUUGUUCUGCCAAUACACAGUGCCUUGAACCCCAUUCUCUAUACUCUCACAACUAGUUUCUUUAAGGAGAAGUUGAAGCAGUCACUGGACAGUCAUUGAAGGAGGGCAAUUUUCAAAAAUUAUGAAAAAACUUUGGCCACUUCAGUCAUGUGGACAGAUGAUCCUCUCAUCCAUAGCUCUUCCUUUUAUGCUUGGAUUUUUAAAAAAAUAACUCCUGAGGACAGUACUAACUUUUAUUUACCAAUCUACAAGUGGUUGUUUCCUAGCAGGAUAACAGAAACAGGACCUAACUGCCUCACAGCUGCAUUAAUCUCUUUGAGAUUCAUAUGUAGGCUCUUUUUGGCCAUUACCGUCUCUGUAUUCAACUUCCUGGAAAAUAAAAUCACAACUGUUGCAUUCAUCAGGGGAGAUUUGUAUCGCAGAUUGAAACACAGGAACACCAUGCACUGGGGCUAA